GCAUACCCUCCUCUUGUCCUUGACCUCCUCCCCCUCUCUUGGUCAGAUCAAAUCGAGCCUGCCCUUCUCGCUCGCGUCUCCACACCAUUUCCCUUUCCCCCGACGAGGCCGCCGCCGUGACCUGAGAGCAUUCGCACGAUGUGGCGCCGCCUCCAAACCCUAGCCCCCGCCCUCCGCCGCGCUGCCGCCGCAGCCGGCUCGCCCCCCUCCCCGGCCAUCGCCCGGGCCGCUCCCAUCUCCACGGCGGUCGCGGCCUUCCGCCGCACUGCCCCUCUCCUCUCCGCGGACAAGCCGGCGGCGGCAGCGACGAGUGUGGAGGAUGUCAUGCCCAUAGCCACGGGGUUGGAGCGCGAGGAGCUCGAGGCGGAGCUCCAGGGGAAGAAGCGCUUCGACAUGGAUCCCCCUGUCGGUCCCUUCGGUACCAAGGAGGCGCCAGCUGUCAUUGAGUCCUAUUUUGACAAGAGAAUAGUAGGUUGCCCUGGUGAUGAAGGAGAGGAUGAGCAUGAUCUCGUAUGGUUCUGGUUGAAAAAAGAUGAGCCGCAUGAAUGCCCAGUCUGCUCACAAUACUUUGUGCUUAAGGUCAUUGGUGAUGGUGGAAAUCCAGAUGGGCAUGAUGAUGAUGAUGACGGUCAUCACCACUAAGGAUGCCUCGUGGUUCUGAAAAUAAGAAAUUUGUGAGGCAUAUGAUUUCGCUUACGCGUUCUAAGCACCAGACUGCUCCACGGCAUCCUUGUUUAUGAAUAUACAUUUGGCCAUCAAGCAGGUGGUAGUUUUCGCCUUAGGUUUUUUCGUGGAAACAAAACUUUUUUCAGAUUUGUCCAGUGCAUGUCUUAUGGAGCAUCAUCAAAUAAGAGAUGGCUGCAGAGAACUUUUACUUUUGCUACCGAGUGUCCAUCGGGUGUGAUGGACCUGACCGAUUCAAUCAUGCAAGAAUUUGUGUUGUGCAGUUUGAAAAAUUUCUGUUAAAUUAACACUUUAAUGA